GAAGACCCGUAUGUAAUAUGGCGUCCAGUCAACUGUCAGGGAAUGUUGGACAGUUAAACUAAACUUGCCCGUUUCCUUGAUAUCGAUUGCCCGUGCGCUGACGCACUCCAUCCGCAUAUGCAUUGAUGGUAAUGCAUGCAAGGAAACAGCCCAGACUCAGUGAUGGGUAUACAGAUAAGAGAGAUUCCCAUCUGUACCAGUCAUCCCAGUACCCAUCCAAAAGUAAAGGUGAAGGUUACAGACAGACAGACCGAUACAAACGUGAAUCCUCAUAUGACAGAGCCAGAGAUAGUCCAUCACGUGAUAGUCCCAGAUAUCACAACAAAAACUCUUAUAUUGAGAGGACUAAAGAAAGACUUGAGAAAGGAUCAAGUAAUGUCAAUCAUACAUCCAGAUCAAAUGAUAGAAGUCAGAAUGGAGGACAUUUCAAGACAAAUAGCCAAGACAACAGAGAUAAGAAGACUGAGCUUACAAAAACUGCCCUACGAGUAUGUGGUGUUUGGUCAGAGCACAUCAGUACCUCAAAACAUACAAUGGGGAAAAAGUAUUACUACAACAGCAAAACUGAAGAAUCAACAUGGACUAAGCCUAAAGAAUGGGUUGAUGAACCAGCGAACAGGCCAAGAACAAGUACAUCAAAUGAUAAAUCUUAUACAUCCAGCAAAUCUGCUGAUGUGUUUAAUUCCUCACACAAUGAUAAUAGGACAUCAGACAAAAACUCACUUAAAAACUCUGACUUUGAUGCCGGGAGUGGAAAACCUGACAAACAGUUUCUUAUUAAAAAAUUUCAAGAAAGUCAGAUCGACUAUCGGACUAGUCAGCCUUCUUCUUCUUCUCAUAGAAGUGACCAUUCUAAGUUGGAUCAUAGACGAGAUAGUUAUGACCAUAAUAGGCGAAGACGAGACAGUGAAGGAAACAGGUCUUACGGACAUCGGACUCCAAAAAAACAUGAGCACCAUGAGGACAUGGACAUAUCACCCAGUAGUACACCUACUAGUUCUCGGCAGUCUAGUUGUGCUGGUACCCCACAGCUAGGACCAGUAUCCACUCCAGCCUCCGUCACCACUCCUGGAUCACUUAACCUGUCCUCAAGGAUACCAAGUACUAGUACGACAGGCCCUUUAAUAUCAGCUCUGCCACAUCUAAUUACACAACUCAGUGGUGUCCAAAACAAUCAGGACUUAACAAAUAAAGCAUUGCAGACAUUACAUCAGUUGCAGGAGGUGAUAAAAAGACAAAUUGCACAACAACAGACUCCAGACUUUGCUUCAGGUCCUGAUGGUCACACCCCGGUUACUUCACAACAGCAACCACAUCCAGCCAGCAGGAGUGCUCCAAUUCAAAUCACAUCUAGCCACCAGCACUCAAUGAAUAGAACACAUCCCCAACAGACAAUAUCCAAUCCUCACCUUCAAAUGACAUCACAUAUGCCAGUCCAAAACCAGGGAUCAAUUUAUGGCCGAGUGAUGUCACAGCAACCAACACCUCCUAUGAAUGGAAGGAUGCAUGUCCAACAGCAUUCCCCUAAUAUGAGAAUGGUAACGCAUCCAUCACCACACUUAGAUAUGUUACAAGAGAUAUCUAUGGAUGGUAAUCACAUGACAUCACAUCAUUAUUCUGUAAAAGGAGAGGUCAGGCAAGGAGGAGAAAGUCCAGCAUCAGAUACAAGCAGAACAUCAUGCAUGAGUCCAAAUAGUACAACAAGUUCCCAGAAUGCAUGUGUAGAGGCAGGUCCACUAACAAACAUGGGUGUUACUAAAGAUCCAGCAGCUGAUAUGAUGAACUCUUUAAAACAAUAUUACAAUGAAAAUUUAGUUAGCCAUGUGUCUGGUUGGCAGGCUGAACAUGCAGAAAGACAGGCAAAUAGAUAUUGGGAAGAAGGUUUAAAGAUUGGUAGUUUUCAUUGUAGUCAAGUUAGUGUCAAUUUAAAGAGAGCUCGAUCAUUAGUGAGGCUGGCUGAAAUACAAUCUACACUUCAUGAACAAAGGAUCCUGUUUUUAAAUCAACAAGUUCAUCAGUUAGAAGGCAUGAAGCCGCCAUCAUUUUCCUCAUCACAGCCAUUCACGUCAUCAUCACAGUAACAUGUUAUAUAGUGUGUAUAAAUGUGUCCAGUGUAAAUGGUCAGAUAUAAAGGAAAUCACAGACUUCUAUCAUUUGGUGUUUAAUAUCAGACAUUUGUUUUCUGUAAGAUGUUGUUCUAUCUCAUCUAUGUUGAGGUAUUAUGUUUUUCUCAGUGAACAUGAAAUUUGACUAUUAUAUUAUAGUAAAUGAGUAUGAAAUACCAUUGAAGUUUUUAAAUGAUAUUGACUGAAAUAUGUAUUGAUUUGGCUUAUGUUAUUUUAAUUCUUUAAGUAAUACCCUUUAAAACUUUUCUGUAUUUUUGGAGACAACCCUCAUAAUUUAGAACAAAUCUUAUUUAUUUUUUGUUGUUGUAUGCCAGAAGAGUGUAUACAUUUUUAUGUUGGUUGCAUGAUAAGUUAGAAAAAUAGGAUGUGUAAUAUUGAUUCUAAACUUUUAAAAAAUGUUAUGAGCAAACAAUUUAUAAAAGGUUUUUUUUAAGUGGCAGCUUUUCCUGGUUUUACUUUCAGUUUAGAAUUUUCAGAAGUAAAAAAGAUAUCUUUAUUACAUUUGUUUGUUAGCAUGAAUAGGGAACUGUCUCAAAGUCUUAUCUUAUUGGUAGAAAAAUGCUUGAGCAUAAAAAAACAUGGGAGAGUAUGAGGUAGUCUCCUAAAAUUAAUGCUCUUAUCCAGUGAUCAAAACACUACUUAAAUUAGCAUUUUUGAUUUCAAUGAUAGAAAUGUAAUGAUUCCAUCUUCUUUGAUAAAUUUAUUUUCAUUGGAAGAAGUUAUAAUAUCUCUUACAUGCAUUGAAAUCACAUAAUUUUUGCCUAUUCUUGGCUUUUAAUAAUAACUGUCAUAAUCCCUGAAGAUUGUAACAACUCUGACAGUUAGCAAUGUGCUGUCUUUUGUAGAGUUACAUAUUUUUAUGUAUUGGCAUCUAACAAUGUCAUCUAGCUAGAAAGAUUGUAUUCUGCAAUAUCAUUUAUAUUAUAUCACUAUAAGAAUUCUCUUUUUUUGUCAUUUAAUGAAAGCAUAGGGAAUCUUGUUUAUUUUAAACAUUAUAUUCACAUGGGGUAAAUCAAGAUAGAAUUAGAUCAGAUUUGGAACAUUGCAUGUUAUUGGAACAUAACAUGUCAGUUUUAUAGUUAUUUUCUAGACAAAGUCUUUAUGAAGUAGUUCAAACUCUUGUUUUUCUUCUCCUACUUAUCAGUGUUAAGUUUAUUUUGACACAUUUUAUUGAGUAUUUCAGCUUGUAAAAGUAAUCAACUGCCAAAGCAGAUAAUAUGUCUAGCAGAUAGAUAUCUCGAGCAAAUCUAGAAAAUUGGGAGAUGGAUGAUAAAUACCUGUACUUACUUGCUUAAUCCUCUUUGUGCAUACUUGCACAUGAGGCCAUAAAUGCCUGUAUCAACCCCAAUAGUAAAGAAAUGUAUACUAUUGUACUAAUGCUAAUCUAAAAUAGGUGUAUUUGUAUUAAAUAAUCAUCUGAAUAAUAGAUACAGUAGACAAGCACUUCUAUACAGUUCUAGUUUAGUGUAUUGAAUAUAUAAAGAAAAACAAUGUAUUUUUCUGUUGAAUUAUAAUGUUCCAAUGAACAUGAUGAAGAUAAGUGUAGAUUUUGUUUCCCACAGUACUAAUAAUUGUAUUAUCGCAGUCUGAUGGUAUUUAAUGUAUGAAUGGAAUGAAAGUUAAUUAUAUAUGGAUACAUUGUAUUCUCUGUUUGUAUAUUAUGGUCUGUAUGGAAUGUAUGAUGUACAGUUUAUAGUUCUUAGCUUUGUCAGUUUAGAUAGAUUGGAUUGGGAGCAUUUCAUUUUGUGAUUUUAUAGGUCAUUUUUUAGAUAUGAACUUUCUAUAUCAAGUGGCAAAAAUUGAUUCUUAAAUUUAAAAAAAAAGAAAAUUUGGAAGGAGAUAAAUUUUUGUUUUCACAACUGUUAUGCUAUUUAUAUAAGGGAUUUAUUGGUAAAAGAUUUUAACAAUUUACCAUCAGUUGUGGAUGUUAGUAUAUCUCAUAUUCCUUUAUUCUUUGCUUUCACAAAUUUUACUUCUCUGUUUUAUGUUUUCUUUAAAAAUCUACCUAGCAGAAGUAGCCAUGUAAAACUAAAUUCAGUAGCAAACCAAAAUUAAUCUAUGUCCAAAACGAUAGUGAGGAACGCUUUAUUUGAAUCAGAAUGUGAAGGAUUUAUUAAUGUCUUGUCCUGACCGACAGCAAAUAACUUGAGCUUAUUAAUAGCUUAAAUCAUAAUUAAUAUUAAUGAACUUACUUCCAUAAAAACUCUUUUAGUUUCUUGAAAUAUUAAUGGCAGUUCCAUUUGCCUAUUAAGUAUUACUGGUUAUUCCCCUUAAAACAUAAUAGCUUUGAAAUCUAUCUGAUCUUCAACUGUUUUACCUAAUAACAAUAAAAUAACUUAUAUUUGAUGUGUUUUCUAGACUUGAUUGUAAUUAUUUGGCUUUUACAACUAGAUUCAAGAUAAAUAUGGGCUGAUUAUUUUUCAUUGAAAGAAUUGACAGCAAACUGAAAAGUAGUCAAAAGCAUUGUUAUAUAAUGGCAUUUUAUUUUUAAAACUUUCAUUGAGAAUAUAGUCAAUAACUUUUUAGGAGAGUGAGGUAAAGCAAUAACUAUUUUGAAUAGAAGAAACAAAAUAUUCUAGGCUCUGUGCAAGAUACUUCAUCAUUAUUCUAUGGAAGAGUUAGAACUACUAUUUAAAAACAUAACUCAGAUAAAAUAAUAUAUAAGGUACACUUAGGUUUCUUUUUUUCUAAAUUUAUUCAAAAUUCUUGAUUUUAUUGAUUUAAUGAUAUGCAUGACCUUCACCUAUGAAAGCUUCCAUCUAAUUAUCUUUAAACCUGAGGUAUUUUAUAAAGUCUUCGUUGUGAAUCCAUCAACGGUGGAUAUCACAAACAUUAUUAUCAAAUGUGUACAACCUGCAUUUUUGGAAGUGAAAAAUAGCACAAUUUUUUUUUCUGCAACUAUAACACAUUUUUAAAUUGACCUUGAACAUGUUGAAGGGAACACUGAAUAGGGGAAAGUACAAAAAAUGUACAAUUACCCAAGGAAAACAUGUAAAUAAUAAUGUGUAACAGAUAAAAGAGAUACUUUUCUGGAAUUUAAAAUUACUUGUAAACAACGUUAAAACAAGUAACUCAAGUGUGUUGCUACUAAGUGCUGACAUUUACAAUGAUAUAGGUUGUACACACCAGAAACUUACCUCCUGUUUCAAGAUAAUAUUAUUUUUAUACAUGUAUAUCUGUAAAUAUCUUAAGUUAAGAAUCACUCAAGAGAGUUUCCUAUGAAGAUAUUCAGGGUGAUAACUCUCAACUAUUAGUGCUUUUGUUUCACAUUAUGUUGUAUAUAAAAUUUUACACUAUAUGAAUAUUUUGUCUUAGAACGUGUACAAGAAAAUCUAUGAAGAAUAAAGGUGAUUAAAUGUU